AUGGCUCGCGGCCAGGAGCCUCUCGUCGCCCGCGGACCUCCAUCAGACGGCUCAGACGACAUAGAAGAAGAGGAUGCGCUGUUGACAGGCCAAAGAACGAGCAAGCAGGCGCCGACUAACAACAGUGUUCUGCGAUCACGAUGGAAGGACAUCGCUUUGUUCACAUGGGCUCUCCUGGCAACAGCAGCAGUCAUAGUCCUCGCAGUCGUGUAUCAGCACAGCCGGACUGAAAGCCCCAGAGGGGAUGGCAAGAUAGGGAAUGGUGCUGACAGACCUUCGGGGAAGAGGAAUCUCAUCUUCAUGGUGUCUGAUGGUAUGGGACCGACAAGUCUGGCUUUGACAAGGAGCUGGAGACAGUACACCGAACAACUGCCCUACGACCAGACCCUGCUGCUCGACGAAUACUUGAUCGGUCAAAGCAGAACGAGAAGUACAUCCUCCCUCGUCACGGACUCUGCGGCAGGUGCGACAGCUUUCUCCUGCGGCCACAAAAGCUACAAUGGUGCCAUCUCCGUCCUCCCAGACCACAGCCCCUGCGGAAGUGUAAUGGAAGCCGCGAAGCGCAUGGGCUAUACCACUGGUCUUGUGGUCACUACACGGAUUACGGAUGCCACACCUGCAGUCUUCGCCAGCCAUGUUAGGAGGAGAGAGAUGGAGGAUGAGAUUGCGUUGCAGAUGAUUGGUGACACACACCCACUUGGCCGGAUCCCGGAUCUCAUGCUUGGAGGUGGAAGAUGUCAUUUCCUACCUAACAGCACUGGAGAUGAAAGUUGUCGUAAUGAUGAUGUGGAUGUGAGGAGAGUGGCGGGUGAUAUGGGGUGGGAUUAUAUCUCUACCAGGAAGGAGUUUGAUGGGUUAGGCACGAAUCCUAAGCUACCACUGAUGGGACUGUUCGCCUACGAUGACAUACCGUAUGAGAUUGACAGACAAUAUCAGGGUGAUACUUAUCCUUCGCUCGAGGAGAUGACACGAACCGCCUUAGAUGCUCUCAGUGCAGCCACGGCAGACAAAGACCAAGGCUUCUUCAUCAUGAUCGAAGGCUCGCGAAUCGAUCAUGCCGGACACGGCAACGAUCCUGCUGCGCAAGUGCACGAAGUUCUAGCUUACGACCACGCCAUGGCCGCCGUGCUGGAGUUCAUUAAGGACAGCGCUACGCCAACACUAAUGGUGGCGACUUCUGAUCAUGAGACUGGUGGGCUGGCAUUGGCGAGACAGCUGCACCCGACUUAUCCAGCUUACUUGUGGUACCCGGGUGUCCUGGCAAAUGUCACACACUCCGCCUCCCACACCUCACACGAGUAUCACGAUUACCUUUCGGCCAGCCGACUUACCUCGAACAUGCGCGGCUGGCUCACAACCCUCCUUUCCGAGUCCCUAGGCAUCCACGACCCCUCUCCAUCCGAAAUGGCAUCCUUGAUCGACCACCCAGCCCUAGCUUCUUACACCUUCGCCGACAUGAUCUCCCGCCGCGCCCAGACAGGCUGGUCCACCCACGGCCACAGCGGCGCAGACGUCAACAUCUACUCCUCCGACCCCGUCGCCGCACGGAGACUCGUCGGGAACCACGAGAACACCGAAGUCGGGGAUUUCCUGCGCUGGUAUCUUGGAGCUGAGGACGAGGUAGAGAAGGUUACAAAGACAUUGAGGAAGCAUCUUGAGGUUACGGAUGAUGCUGGGGAGGGGAAGGUGUGGUUAGGUAGUGUGCCCGAGUCCAGUGAGAGGUUGGAUGGACAGGAUCAUAUGGAUCAUUAUGUUGGGGAUCAUAAGAAGAGGGGAGAGCAUGAGGGGUGCGAGGUUUUAACAUUCGACCAUACGCAGAACGACGCCAGAAAGAAGUCCAUCAACCACUCUUUCGCAGCUCGCCAACUCAAGCGGGUCGAAUAG